AUUAUGAGUUCUCCCCUGGAUGACUGUAGAGAAGAAAUACAGCAAUUGCGGAACUCUUUGAAGGAGGCUUUACGUGAAAAAUACGAAGCUGCUCAGUGCGGGCUAAAGCUGCUUGAAGAAAAGGAGAGUUUGCAGGCAAGACUUGAUGAAUCUGAAGAACUUCUUGAACAACUAAGGCGAGAGCUACAGUUAACACAGGAGAAAUGUGAUGAACAAAAUGAACUCCAUAGAAAGAUGAGUCGAGCAGGUUUUCAGGCGGAAGAUGACCUCCUCAGUCGGUCGGCCAAUCGUGAAGAGCAACUUUCGGGUCGUAUUAAAGACCUCGAGCACGACUUAAAGAAUACCAAAGCGAAAUAUGAACGGCAAAUGGCUGAAAAUGACAGACUUCAUCAAAUGAUGCAAGAAAUUCAAGCUAAAUACGAUAGCGUAGAGAAGACCCGACUUGAGCUGAAACAGGAGAUAAAGGCUAUGAAGGCUGUUGAAACUCGGUUACUUAGUGAGUUGGAUGAACUAGAGUCGGAGAAUCUGGAACUGCAAAAGAACGUCUUAGCGUUGAAAACUAGUCAGAUUGAAUUUGAGAGUCUUAAACACGAGCUGAAACGUGGGCAGGAGGAAAAUGAUCUUAUGCAUGUUCAACUGGAAGAAGUUACUAGACUAAAAAGAAUUACGGAGAAGUCACUGGAAGAGGCCUUGGAGUCGCUUCAAAUCGAACGUGAACAGCGCCACAACUUAAAGAAGGAGCUGGAUAGUCGCUUAGCUUAUGAAUCCUUCUAUCAUCUUAGUUCCGUUCAAAACGGUCUGGCACAGUCUACCCAAUUGCAAUUACUUAAUACAUCAGAGCCAUCGGAGCACUCAAAUUCCAGUGUCAAUAUCGCGCACAAGGGUGAUGAUUUGUUUUCCGAACUAAAGUUAAGUGAAUCUACCCAGUUUAAAGCCGAGAUGACGGAGCUUCAACACAAGUUGGAGGAGGCACAGAGGUCUGCUGAGGUUGCCACUAGUGAGGUGAAUUCGAAGCAGGAGCGCAUUAAUCAGUUACAGAAUGAACUUGACCUAAUUAUGGGUGUUCAGCGUCGCGCCGACAAUGAAUUCGAGUCAAACAGGAAUGCAGAUGGGACUGACACUGCUGCUCCCACUGGUGGUGAAGAAGAUUCUGUCUCCGCUGGACUGAAGCGAACCCUUAGACAAACAGAAACGCGUUAUUCUGUUGCGCUUCGACAAAUCGCGAGCAUGCAACACGAGUUGUGGCGUUACCAGGAGCUGGAAAAGGUGAAUGCUGAUCCGGCGUUGGCAGACGAGGAGGGAUUAAAAGCGGAGGUUUUGCGGCUUCGCAAGGAGUUGGAGAAUCGAGCAGAGGACAUAAAGCACCUAGAGGAGAGAAUCGAUAGCGACGCAGAGGAAGCACAGCAGGCGGGGCUGAAGACAGCUGUUGUCUCAGUUUGCCUACGACGUGGUUUUGCUGAUCUUCUCAAGCUCUACAUGCUUGUGUGUUCAGAGUUGAAGGAGACGCCAUCAAAACAGGUCUGCGAGCUAGCCGCCCGUGCCAGUGUUUCGCUGGACGCCAACGCAUCUACUGAUGAUUCAACCGCUUCUGACCCGACUGCAGAUGUUUCAACACCCGGUACAGCUGUAUCCACAUCUGUAGCUCCCACUGAGCAGGUCAGUCCAGAGAUGCUGGCAAAGCAAGUGGAAGAUCACAUAGCCAUUUUGAGUCACCUGCGUCGCGCUGUACAGAUGUACGCAGAGAAGAACGCUCGUCUUGCUCAAAAUGCCACCAAUGGGACAUCGAAACGGGCAGACGAGACCGUGGAGGAGUUGCAAACGGAGAUUUUGCAGCUGCGUAACAAACUGGCUCUCAAGCGUGAGCAGGUGUUCUCACUACGCACUGUACUAAAAAAGAACAAGUCGGUUGCAGAGACGGCGUUGGCCAACUUAAAACAGAAGUAUGAGAAUGAGAAGGCUAUCGUUACGGACACACUGCGUGCUCUUCGUGCUGAGUUGAAGAUGUUGAAGGACGACGCUUUUACGUAUACCUCUAUUCGAGCCAUGUUCACAGAAAAGCAUGAGGAGUUUGUGCAACAAAUGGAUCAACUGCAGCAGAAAUUGAAUAAAGCGGAGGACGAGAAGAGGACGCUCAAUUCCAUCCUCCGAUUGGCUAUUCAGCAAAAACUCAACCUUACUCAGCAACUUGAAGCCAUGGAGAUGGAACGCCUUGUUGCCAAUCCCGCCUCCGCUCGUAUGGCCGCAGAGGCAGCUCCUCCGCUGCGUCUUUACGCGGGAGUAGAUCCCACCACUGGAGCUGCUACCGGACCGCAAAUUUUUACACCUGCUGCUGCCACCCCACAGGCUGCUCCACAAACACCACUAGUGUCUCCUCCACCAUCUGCCCCUUGGCUUCACGCUGCUCCCCAGCUCCAUUGUCCUCCUCAUCCCGCUGCUGCAGCCGCUACUACUGCUUUCAACUUCGCCACCGCCCCGAGUUCUCGAACCCCCACAACACAACCUCCUGUCUUCCCUUCGCCUGUCACUGCUCCUCAUCUCCUCAAAGUUAAUAAUAACAAUGCAGUUGAGUCUGUGCUUGUACGUCCACAGGUUCGGCCAAGACGUCAACUGAACGAAGCAGAAUAG